AUGAAUAUAUUAGAUGAUGAAGAUGACCAAAGCUUUCACGCUACGCGUGACGGCUACUCCCAUUUGAGCGAUGUCGAAUGGGAUGCGGUUGAACGGAUGGGUUCGACCAUGGGCAUCCAUGCUGUUAGCGUCAUGCUAGAGGCUCUCAAUAGAGAUGUCCAACAUGCUACUAUCGCCAAGUUCAUUCAAAAUGAACUUGACGCAGAACGCGAGAAAGUAGCCUUGCUUCACCAACAAGGUUCUCAACAAACAGAGUUGUUGAGAGAAGAGGGUGCUCAACAGUUUGAACUAUUGAGACAGCAGCAGGCUGCUGCUGGUGGGUCGAUGCACUCGCGUCGACCCGAGACUUUGAAGAUUGACAUCUCCAAGUAUAGGGGGGUCGAAGAAGACUCCCUCUUGAGAUGGUUCGUCGAAUUGGAUGACGCCAUAAGGGCGCGUCACAUCGACGACGGGGAUAUGCAAGUUGCAUUUGCCCAAUCAAAUCUGGCAGGACGUGCCAAGACUUGGGCACUGGGGCCUAAGUUGCACGACCCAUAUGCGUUUGGGUCGUUGGAAGUCUUCAAGUCGCGGCUCAGACAAACGUUUGAACCGCCUAGAGCUGAGUUCAGAGCUCGAACCGAACUUUUGAAGCUCAAGCAGAGUAAGCGUGAUGUGCACGCUUACGCUCAACAUAUACGACAUCUCACGAGUUGUAUAAGUUCCAAUCCGGUGGAUGAACACACGUUGGUUUCGGUGUUCAUGCAGGGUCUUGCGGAUGGUCCCGUCAAGACUCACCUGUUCCGGCUUGAACUAGAUUCACUAGAACAAGCCAUUUCCAUUGCGGAGCAGGAAGACUUCAGUCUGAGACAGGCUCGCGCCAGCUCUGUCUGA